AUGUACGACGUGUAUAACAUUUACCGAGCUCUUGUUAGUGUUUAUAUGGCUGAGACAGGAGACCCUCAAGUGCCCCCCGCGCCCGUGCCUCGCCGUCGAGGCGUAUUUGCACUAGUAAAAUGGACGGACUGCAAGUUGGGUCCGUGCAGGGAUGUGGUCCAUCAGGACAAGAUUGUGGUGGACGGCGCGCAAGAUAUCAUCGAGGAGGGCCAACAUCGUGCUGUGAAAUGCGGAAAGGCCGAGACCCAGCGAAUGUGUGCCGAAAGAGCUCUGAAACUGCUGCGGGUGUCUCCGGACGGCACAGUGACCGAGGGAGGGCCGUGCAUUCCAACUAGGAGGGAGUGCGAGCACUAUCACGCUGUGUCAACUUUGCGCGAGGAGGCGGAAGCGAUUGCUGAUGCUGACGCCUACGAUGCUAUCCUUGACGACAACGCUUCCUGGGACAUCGCCAUCAAUCCUGACCAGCAGGCUGAGCCCCUCAAGCCAGAUGAAGGCAUAAUCUCGGAGAGGGUGUGGACCCUGGACCAGGUCACUGCAAUGGCCAAGAAUCUUCCUUCAAAUGCAUCUGCAGAAGAUGUGCGGAAGAUUCUCUGGUCGUUGCCGUGUCUCCGUCAGUUGGACCCAGUGAGUGAAAAACCACUUGUACCUGGCAUACCAUGCUUUUUCAAUGUGCACACCUCUCCACCAUGCAUCGCCAGUACAGAGGAAAUAAGAUGGGAUUGUAGGAGGGCGUUGGUGCCCGAACGGGUCCUUGCGUUGCCCCACCUCACAGCUAGGGGAUUGUGUUCACCAGGCACAGUUGGACUCCCAAAACCCAUUUUUGAGGCUGUGAAAGGUAAUUAGUUUAGUUUUUUACGAACAAAUAAAAAUACGAAAGAAAUACUUGACAUUUCAGUCUGACUAUUUUACUUUUUUUCAGUGUACAUGGACCACCGAGGGUACAAACCCAAAAUGGGAUACGCAAAUGUCGUGAAUGGCAUAAUGGAUACCUGCCGCAAAAAACUCGUUGGAGGACGAUUUUCUUCCCUUGCCGAAUCCUCCAUUCGCAGACAGCACAGGAGGUAAAGCAAUAAACCAUUCCGGUAAAUGAAGAGUGCGAUGAACAAGAAA